GUUUCAAACACCUCUAACAAAGUCACACCCCUUCCACACCUUUGUCUAUAUAACUCUUCCCACUACUUAGCCUCUUCACACAAAACAGAUUGCCACAACUGAAAAAAAAAUAAAAAAAUGCCAACUUCACCAUCAGAACCUCUCAAGCUUGCUUUAUGGGCAUUUCUUGCAGCUGCCUCCAUCCUUCUCCGUGGAUGCUGCGGUGCAAGUUGCGGCAUCAACCGUCCAACGGUGCAACAGACUCAGGUGGGGCGCGGUAACCCUCCAAAAUUCACAGUCGAGAUCCGGAAUAACUGCCAGACGUGCCCUGCAAUCAACAUCCACAUCAAGUGCGGCAACUUCUCCCAGGCCUUGGUGAACCCCAAGCUGUUCAGAGUGCUGGCCUACGACGAUUGUGUUGUGAACAGCGGCUUGCCUUUGGCUCCACUGCAGAAGCUGUCUUUCAGCUACUCACACCAGAAGUUCCUCAUGUCCUUAAGAACUUGGUAUUUCCAAUGCGAAUGAGAGGCUGACCAUUCCUUCAUUGCCCCUCUUCCAAUUUCAAAUCCAACUGCUGUUUCAUCUCCUCUGUAUGUUUGUCUUACAUAUCUUAGAUGCUGAUGUUGCUCUUUUGAAUUAUGUUUUGAACAGUCUUCAAGAAAGUGCAUGUAACUUACAGUUUGGAAAGGGUACCAUGCAACCUUUCAGUAA